GCAUGGAACGCGGGGUCAGUUGCCUACAUACUAUGGACUGGGAUCAUGUGUUUCAGUCUCGCCGUCAAUUCCAUUGUAUGGAACGGCAACAUAGAUGAUUCGGCACCGGUCUGGUGUAACAUUUCUUCGCGCCUCUUGGUUGCCGGCCCUGUGGCAAUUCCGGCAGCAACAUUGUGUAUUAACCGUAGGUUGCACCAGAUUUUGAUACUGAAGUACAAACGAACUCAGGUAAGCAAACAUUGUCGAUGUCCCCUACAAAAUCACACUAUUGAUCAUUUACCUCACUACGUGGUUCAGACCAACCGAUAUGCGAUACUACAGGAUAUUGGCUGCUAUGCUGCCGUCGGACCCUACAACGCCAAUGUGCCUUCCAUCUAUGCAUUGCCACUAAUGUUGACGAUAGCAUCCACAAUAUAUUCUUGUUUGGCAAUACGAGCAGCCUGCAAUCAGCGUCCUGUUCUUGCACAGGUCUUGGCAUUGGACGGCAGUCGGUCGCUAACAGCGACACGCUUCCAAAAACUAAUCAUCCUAUCCUUUACCCAAGCAAUAUUUCAGUCCUUCUUUUCGAUCUCGACGCUCGUAGUGUCCAUUCCGCAAUCUCAGACAGGGUUUUGGCCUGGGUGGGCCUUAGUCCACGCCAAUAUGACACAAGUAGAGUUUGAGCCUCCGUCGGUUUGGGGAAACACCGCAUGGUCUAUAGCAUCCGUAUACCUCUUUCAGUGGACAUACGUCGUGCAUGCGUUUUGCUACUUUGUCUUAUUAGGCUUUACACCAGAGGCAAAGGUUUCGUAU